AUGGGUUGCUGUGGUUGUGGUGGCUGCGGUGGCCGCUGCAGUGGUGGCUGUGGUGGCUGUGGUGGUGGCUGUGGUGGUGGCUGUGGUGGUGGCUGCGGUGGUGGCUGCGGUGGUGGCGGUGGUGGCUGUGGCAGCUGCACCACCUGCAGGUGCUACCGGGUGGGCUGCUGCUCCAGCUGCUGCCCCUGCUGCCGCGGCUGCUGUGGGGGCUGCUGCAGCACGCCCGUGAUCUGCUGCUGCCGCCGCACCUGCACCUCACGUGGCUGUGGCUGUGGGAAGGGCUGUUGCCAGCAGAAGUGCUGCUGCCAGAAGCAAUGCUGCUGCUAG